GGCGCGAAACCUCCACCAGUCGUACCAAAGCCGGCGCGUGCGCAACACGCGUUCGUUAUUCAAAUUUCCAAUCUCAAUGCGAUCGCGUACGCGACGUUUCGUCUCCUAGUCUUUUGUUUUAAAAUUUGUUUAAAUGGAAGUAUUGAGGACACUCCUCAUUUCCCAUUGUAACGAUUCUGUUUAAAAUGGUGUGAAUAUGCUUUGUUAAACAAUAAAAGAAGUGUUAGUUCUACUUUCUUAAUCUAGACAAAACAAACCUUAACUGAGUAUUUGAUGUUGGACAUUAUUAAGCGAAAGACGUUCCGAUAAAAGAAGAACCGUCGAAACUGUGAUGAAAGAUGUUUAACCAGGAGUUAAUUGUUGUCUAUUUGGUGUUCGCUUGCAGUGUGCUAGCCUCGUUGGACGGUUACAGCAACCAGCAGGAUCCCGACCAGUUCCACAUACAGACCGAUGAAGACGACGAGCGCUACUUCUUGUAUCAGACUCACAAUGGCCAGUACAGGAAGGAGAGAAGGCUUAAAGACGGAUCUGUUGUAGGAACAACUGGCUGGGUGGGAGCUGAUGGCUAUUUACGGCUACAGGAUUACAUCGCCGACAGUCAGGGUUAUCGAAUAUACAAGUCUAAAACUGUUUAUGUUGGAGAAAACCGACCAAUAUCGGAGUCUUUGCAAAUAGCUAAGACAGCCCCAACUGAUUCUGGUUUCGGUGUGACACCGGCUCCAGCUCCUGCAGUGCAUCGCAAUCGAGGGCCGCCUCGUUUCACGUCUACCACACAAGCCCCACCGGUAUCAUCUUCAUACCGACCAACAGACACCUUCCCUAUAGAAGUAUCAGUGACGCCGCACCCACCAGCAUAUCCUCACCCUACUUCAACUCCCCAAGUUUACGUCUCACCUAACUCGAUAGAUUCGUCGACAACUACGUAUGACUUCAGACCGACGGUAGCACCGAUCACAGCGAGUGAAGCCGCAUCAACCCGCGGCCCCUACGACUAUGACUCAUCCAACACUAACACACUUGAUGACGGAUACUACGCGAGUGAUAGUAAACGUUACGACAUAUUUAAUCCAAAUUCGUACAGACACGCCGACGCUUGGUUGAGGCGACAGCAACAACAACAACAACAACAACAGCAGCAACAGCAGGGCAAUGUAAGACUCGGUGAUGGCUACACUCCUCAAUUCCCGACUUACGAUGGGGCCGCCUUCAGGAGAAACGGAUUCCGGUACUACCUGCCGAAACAGUAUCACGAGGAAGAAAGCAACCCUUCCAACGAGAGGACUGGAAGUUUCGGUUACGUAGACCCGUUCGGUAUUCGUCGAGUGAUUUACUACAAUACGGCACCUGGCGAAGGUUUCCAAGUACGCAAAAACAAUAGAUAUGUCGGUCACGAUGCGACCCCAUAUGAUCCUAGACCAGUGAAUUAAUGUGAAUUAGGAAUUUUACGUACAUUUAAGAAAUUGAAGUUACCUAAUUAUUUAUUCAUCAGUAUUUUUAGUUCCCAUGAACUAUUUAUGAUAAAGGAGACAAAACGAUUUAAUCGAACGAAGCGAACAAGUCUUAGCCAUUAAUUUGUUAUGAUAGUUGAAUCAUACGAGGAAAUUAUAGGUACAUAAUUUAAAAAUAUUUAAAGUCAAAUAGCGUAGAUAUUUUUUGCCAGUGACCAUGUUUUUCACUGCCUAAAUCAUGACGUACUACUUAAUUUUCAGUGCCAUUGUACUAUUAUAUAGAUAACCUAUGGUUUUAUUACCGUAUGCUUUUGUCACGACAAAAUGUUCAUCAUCUAUUUGUAAAUAAUAAAUAAAUUUAAAGAAAGUUGUCAAUUUUCAAAAUCGUGUUAGUGUGACGCUACGCUGUUAUCAACAUGCUUAAAAUGUGCUUUAUAUUAAAAUAAUACGAAAAC